AUGAAGGUGGGGAAAUAUCUGAUGGAGCAGAAGAACAUCACGAUCAUGACGCCUGUGGGGGCUUCCGAUAAUCAGUACGCCGCUAAGUCAGAACGUCGAGGUCCUUGGAUCACUGCAGGUGCUGCGCCUUCUGCACGCUACUUUGUGCCUUCCGGUCUAUAA